AUGGCUGCAACUUCUCGAGCCGCCUCCCUCCUCCUCCCGCUGCUCCUCCUCCUCCUCGCGGCGUCCGCGUCUGCUGCUGCGCGCCGCCCGCCUCCAACCAAGGCGCAGAUCAAGGCGGAGGUGUCGCGGAUGGCAAAGCGGCUGCUGCAGCGCUACCCGCAGUACUCCAAGUUCUCCAAGGACUUCAACAAAUACGUCAACCUCGCGAUUCUGCUCCCUGCCUCUUCCUCCCUGCUCCCUCCUCCCUGCCUCCUCCUCCCGGCCUCUUCCUCCCUCGCUCAUCCUCCCUGCAUUAUUCUCCCUGUCUCAUUCUCCCUGUACCAUUGCUUCCUAUCGUUUCAGUGCUUUCAUCCUGCACUUGUCCCUAUGGUUUGUCUUCCUGCUUUCCCUCCGUUUCUUCCCCUUUCGUCUGCCCUCCAGUCACUGAAACCUACUCCCUCAUUCCUUUCUGUCCAAUCUCAUUUUUUAUCCCAACCCCUCCCGUUUCCCCUGUCCUUUCCAGUGAACUCCAAGUACAACUUUUCAGCACUCGCUGACGCCACCCUCCUCAUUCCCAGCAACACAGCAGCAGAGGCGCUUUCCAAGAGGCUUCCUCUCACAACCAAGAACAUUCCCAGGGCCUACAACGUCACAGCCUAUCACAUCGUCGCGAAACGUUUCAUCCUGCCCAAGAUCAAGGCCAUGCGGGCAGGCCAGGCGCUGCCAACUCAGCUGCGGCAGGCUCUCUACAAGCUGACGGGCAGGAACGGCAAUGUGCCUCGCGACGUGCCCUUCCUCAUGCGGCUGCUCGUCGCAUGGGUCACGUUCUACUACAGCAUCUUCAUGGACGCCGUCUCCAGAUCUGUCGGCGGCUUGCUGGAGGCGAACGUGUUCACCGAGGAAGUGUCCUCGGCUUCUAGCUCGCGUGGCUCCAACCUCACCGCCGAGCGGAAAAGGAGGUCAGGGCUUCGCCGGCGCAGGUACCAGCUGCUGCUAGAGGACCUGGAAGGCAUGGGGGAGGAAGAAUUCAGGGAUUUGUUUCGCAUCAACCGCGCAAUUCUUGACUACAUUGUCAACGGGAUGGCGCACUACAUGCAGCCCUACGUUGACAGAUACUUGAUCACGCACGAGGUGGCAUGCCUUGUGGCUAUCAAAUACCUGGCCAGCGGCAUGUCGUUUCGAGACCUGUCGGCAGUCUUCGGCCUGUCCAAGACGCUGUGCCACACGCUGGUAGAUGCGCUCCUCAUGCACUUCCCGACGGCCUUCAAGCAGCAGUGGGUCCACUUCCCGAGCCGUGACGACCUCGAUGAGAUGGCGGAGGAGUUUCGCGCCAUCAAGGGAGUCCCUGCGGUGGUGGGGGCUAUAGACGGCACACACAUACCCAUGAAGGGGAUGGAGGGGCACAGGCAAGAGUACUACACGCGCAAGUCAUGCUACGCCGUGCAGCUGCAGAUCACAUGCGAUGCUGUGAUUCAGGGAUUUGUUUCGCAUCAACCUGUGGGCGCUUCGACGUAG